AACAAAAAGAAACGUCAUUAGUGAAGGUAAGGCUUGCUUUGUUUCCCUUCCUUUAUCCUACCUCAAAACUAGCAUGUGUACGGAUCUUCACAUUUCAAAAUCAAUCAAAUUUCACAUAAAUCUACAUUAAUCAAAAUCUGAAUACAAUAUUAAUCUUCGUCUGAAGCCAUAAAUGAGUCAUCUUGUAAGCCGGUCACCUCUUUUUAUGUUUUAUGUUUUAUGUUUUCUUUUUCCCCCUAUUUUUCCUCUUUUCGGUUGGUGCCCUUACUUCUCCCCAAAUACCCAAAUGGCACUUCGAAAUUGAGUUUUGACCCACAGGAGGCCUUUUCUUCACCCCGUGUCCUUUAGCAUUUCCCAAGUUUCCACUUUGGUCAUUGAAGUGAAGCAUUCGGCUGAAGCAAAGCCAAGUUUCUUUCUUCCCAUUCAAAUUUUCUUCCGCCCCUCCUCUUCAACGAAGCCCAAUUUCUCCUUCGGUUCAAUUUGUGCUCAUUCAGAGACAGUGCACUCUUUUUCCUCUUCCGGUGUUUGUAUUUCAAAAUGUCGAUGGGGGGUGACUCCACUUGGGUUGGUAGGAAGCCUCUCAGACGCAUUGGGGGUAUGUCAGACGCUCUUUCUAUUGCCUCCGAUCUUGGCUUCUCUGUCUCCUCUCCUCCUUCCCAGGAAGAACUUCAUAAUUCAUCCUCUACUACAGGCGAAAAGGGUGAAGACUUAAUCAGGGUUCUGAGAGAACUAACUACUGUACAAAGAAAAAUAGCUGAUUUGCAAGUGGAACUUCAGGGUCGCAAGGAUGAUAAAAAUGUUGCACAUUUGACCCAUGUGAGUGAAAUGGAAAAGAAGAUCGAGACAUUAGCAAGGAUUACAACUAUACUGAAAGACGUUAUUCAAAAUAAGGAUCGCAUUAUAGCUCGCCUACAGCAACCUUAUUCACUUGAUUGCAUUCCUGUAGAAGCAGAAUAUCAGAAACAAUUCUCUGAACUACUGAUGAAGGCAGCUAGUGAUUAUGGUGCCUUGACCGCAUCAGUGGCAGAUUUCCAUUGGAGUCAGAAUUUCAAGGAACCUCCUUCUGUCUGGGGGGAAAUGCUUCGACCAAUCCCAGUGGCUUUGGCAUCUUGCACUCGGUUCUUUGAAGCCAUGUCGGCAAUGAGAGAAUCGUUUGCAACUCUUCAAAAUCUGAGAGUUGGUUAUUCUGAUACCUCGGGCCAAGGACUCCUGCCGGAGAUCCCUCGCAAAGACUUCCAGGAGUUUCUGAUUGCGUGACUCCGCCACAAUGGAAAAACGAAUCAAGUUUCGAUGACUUGGCUAUCAGAAACCCGAGGAGGCAAGAACUGGGUCAGCAGGGAGCAGCAGAUGGAGAAGAGAGCCAAGCA